CAAUGUGAAAAAGCCACGAGUCACUGCAUCUUAUCCGAUAUAAGAGCAAAGUUUCGCCACUGUGCGGCUGGCCGAAGGACUACUAUUCGCUGUCUCACCAACUGCAUAUGGCUUCGGCCAAGUCCGUCUUCAUUUUCUUCUCUGGGCUAUUCUGCAAGCGCUCCGUUAUUUCCCACCGCGCCGUGCCCUCAUUAUCACGACAACCCAACGGAGCCGGCCGCCCGGCGCAACCAGAGAGCACGACAUCUCGUCAAUGCCAAACGUGUCGUCAUAGGAUCUCGCCCACGGCGGAGGCAUUUAUUAUUGACCUCGAUCGAUCCCUUAUAAUGGUCAGGAACCUUGUCUCGACCAACUCAUGACUUGACAAAACUUGCGCCCUCCCCCUGAUUGCCACUUAUCUGGUAUCAAACAAGGGCCGCCGCGAUGUCACUUGACUCUGUCACUCCAAACGUCUAUCAGUCGUCUAUCUGACAGUCUCUAUCAGCCUCUAUCAUGCGUCACACGGAUUCCGACGGUGUUGCGGGUCUAAAGGAAAAUACGGAUGUCUCCCAGGUGACAAGAUGCGAGAUCAGCGCGAAAGUAACAAGUCGCGUCACGGCACCAAACGUGGGUGUGAGAUUUCAUGAACUCGACGUUUUUGCCCUUCUAAAGCAAAGGUUGAUCUUUUCGCUCCACAAGUCGGGCCACUUUGUCAAUUUCUCCCAAUAUUCAUCUCUGCAGGGAUGUCAAAACUCGUGAUUGACUUUACGGCAGCCAAAACAGCACCCUUGCACGUGAAUUGAUUUCAUCCAAGGACAAUGUGUAACUGGUCGUCGUCCAUCAGACACCGUAUUUCCCCCGAAUAUGACGAAGCACGCCACGCCGCUCUCGCAACGUUGGUCGUUUCAUUAUGAAACAGCCUUCUUUCCUGCAAAUUAAGAUCGCGACGUUCAUUUCCCUUCACUCCUGAAUCUGAAAGAAGAAG